ACGGCAGAAAGUUAUAAACGUGCAGCAGAGCUUCGUGUCGCGCUCGUUGUUCAGAGACGAAAACGGUUUUUGUGUUAAAAUUUUGCAGUUUGAUUAAGUUCAGCAGAAUCCAUGGAAGGACAGAUGAGGCCAUAAGUGUAUGAGUUCUGUGGCGGUGAAGGAGAAUCAGGGAGUUUGUGCUGUACGGAAGAACAGCGGUUCUGAAGAUUUUUGUGAUAUUUUCUUAUUGGAACAGCCGACCGGCAGGCCCUCGAUCCUCCGGCAGUCGCAGGCUGACAACAUUAACAGGACUGCACAUAAAGCAGCAAAGGUUUGUUUCCAAACUCCUUUGCGAGACCCAGUCACAAAGAGGAUUAUGUCCCCAAGCCGCAAAAACGGGAACGCAAGCCAGGAGGACAACACACAAAUAUUGGAGACUUUUACUGACCAGAGUUCCCUGUUGAGCACUUCUACCACACCAGUCAACAUGCAAAGUAACAGCACUUCCUUACCUGACGAUGAUAUGCUUAUUCAGAGCAAAGGAGUUUACACACUUGAUCUUGACAAUCUAGAUGCUGUCAACCCUUUCUUGGGAUCCAAUAAAAUGGCAAAUUCUCCUCCCAAAUCUUCCGAUUUACUUGUGACUCGGGAAUCAGAGCUUACAGAGUCAAGUACGACUACAGCCACUGUUUGUGACGUUAAAGAUGACCAGAAGGUUCUCGAUGUGUCAGACACUCCACUAGAUGAGACCCUCCCGUUUGUCCCAUCCGUAGAAAAUUCCCUUGCAGAAAUAUCUUCGGUAGAGGGCACAGUCAUCAUCAAGACAGACAACAGUGAGAAAAGCAUCACAGAAACUGAGGAGUCUGAUAUUACUGAACCGGCACAAGAACCGCAGCAGAUUUCGGUUGUGAAAGACCAACCUGAGACUCAAGACUCGCCAUUACCUACUGCAGGAUCGUAUAAUUUAGAUUUUGACAACAUUGAUUUACUCAAUCCAUUCCAAACUGGUGGCUCAAAGAUCCCAAACUCUCCUAUGCUUGGUAAGAAUGUAGAAGUUUCUGAUCCACCCCUGCCAAGCCAAGAAGUCAUACAGGAGCCAGAGAUCUCAGUCCAGACGCCCCCAGUGGUCCCUGAUGCUCCCUGUCCAUCACAGGAGAAGUCGCCUACCACAGAGGGCUCCUCAUCUACAACGCCACCUAAAGAGAACCCAAUGCUGUUGGAAUUUAACUUCAAUGAUGGAGCGGAAGUUAAGUGCAAACCUCCACCAAAACGACUUGGGGUCAAAAGACCUCCGGGGGCCAAGCCUGUAACCAAAAAGACUGAAAAGAAAGAACCAGAACCCAAGAAGUUGUCACCUAAGAACUCUGAAGAGACUGAACCUGUGGAUGUUCCUCCAGUUAAAGGUUCUUAUGCAUUUGAUUUUGACAAAUUUGAUGACCCAAACUUUAACCCCUUUGGUACAACGGCUAAGAUGGGUAACUCUCCACCACGUGGGAUCCAAACCAGCCCAGUUUUGAACCAAGAUGAUGUUCCUGCUGAACAGCCUGAAAUCUCUGGACAUGAUGAUCAGCCUGAGGCACCCGCACAUGAAGAUCCCAAGCACCGGUCUCCUCAGGCUAUUUCUGAAAGCAAUGCAAGUGUGGAUAAAACUGAGUCCUUAGUACCCAUGCUGACAGCAAAUGAUGUCGAGGCAUCGGCUGCCAUCCACACUGAGAUCCCUCAUAGCCCAGCCACUCAAGAGCCAGAGGUCACAGCCACUCCGGAACCCAAACAAGAUCUUCUUAACCAGACCUGUGAGCUUGGUAUGACAACACCAAGUGAAGAUGAGUUUGUGCCGGGUGAAUUGUUCAUGCCAGGAGAAGAUUUUGAUGGGCAGAUUGAUUACCUGGAACAGUUUGGAUCAAAUAAUUUUAAGGAGUCUGCGUUGCGGAAACAGUCGCUGUAUAUGAAGUUUGACCCAUUGCUGAAGGAAAGUCCAAAGAAAAAUGCAAUGGAUAGUGCUGGAUUCAGCCUGCCACGUCCCUCACUUGCCUUCAGGAUGAUGGAAGCUGCAAAAUCCGAGGGAAGGCAGAGGUCUCAGAGUCUCAGUGCGAAGCUGCUGGAAGAUUUCCCUCCACCAGUGGUGGACAAUGUGGUGCCAGAUCCAACUGUUCUGGACUUACUGGUUCCCACCUUAAAACAGCCAGUGAAGACUGAGGAGUCUAUCAUAGAGGUUCUGAAGUACAGUCAGAGAGACAUGGACGCUGCACUACAGAGAGCAGACAGACAGGCAGAGGAGAGGCAACAGCAGCUGAAUACUCAGAUUGAAAGAUUGCAGCUGGAGAAUCAGCACAUGCUGUUUAUAGUCUCAGAGUUUGAGGCCACUAUCACUCAGAUCACAGAUGAGUAUAAACAGAAGGAAGACUUGGCUAAAAUUGAGUUGGAACGAGUCUCUCUGGAAAAAGAUCAGCUGGCCAAAGAAUUGAAUGAAUUGGAACGAUCCUUCUCCUCUGUUGUCAAACGUCUCGACAGAUGCAAGGAAGUUAUUGAAGGAUUCAAAAAGAAUGAAGAGACCCUAAAACAGUAUGCUCAGAACUGCAUGGACCGACUACAAAAAGAGGAAAAGCGUUAUCAAGCACUUAAAGCCCAUGCGGAAGAGAAACUAGAUCAUGCAAACAAGGCCAUAGCAGAUGUACGUACCAAGACUGGUGCAGAAGUGGCGACACUGCAGGUGCAGCUCAAGAGAGAGCAGCUUAAAGUACAAUCCCUAGAAAAGGAUCUGGAACAAAAGGCUAAAGAAGUCAAAGAUGUCACAGAGCUAUGUGAUGAGCUGCUGCUAAAAGUACAAAAGCAUGGUUUUUAAAUGUGCUUUCUUUUAUUUGUGUUGUGUCCUUUUUUAUAUGUGUUUGUCAAAGCAGUUUUAAUAAAUAAUAAAUGGAGUAUUAAUGCA